AGCAACGUUUCUUCACAUUCCCAAACUCAACAAACUCUCAACAAUCAAAAAAAAAAAAUGGCAUCACGCUACGAAGCUGAAGUGAAACUCUCAUCAGCUCGCAACCUCAAAAACGUGAACUGGCGCAACGGCCCAAAUAGACCGUACGGCGUCGCUUGGGUAGACUCAAAGAACAAAUUCUCAACCAAAGUUGAUGAAAACGGCGACACUGAAGCCGAAUGGGAUCAAACUCUCGUAAUCCCUUUACCACCACAACCAAUUGAAGAUCUCACUCUUUACAUCGACAUCGUCCACGCCGGUUCCGAAGAAGACACCAAGCCGCUCAUCGGCUCGGCUAAGCUCAGACUAGUUGAAAUUCUCGAUGAUGCAGGGAUCGGCGAACGUGUAAGUCGAUCCCUCACGCUCAAGCGACCGUCCGGAAGACCACAUGGAAAAGUUGACGUCAAGGUGACAAUCAGAGAACCCGGCUAUCCUGCGCCGGGUUCUUAUUACACUCCUCCGUAUGGGGUUCCUCCGCCUCCUGCGGCGUCGAGAGAUUAUAAUUAUAAUCCAUCGGCACCAGAGUACAGAGGUUAUGGUGCACCGCAACAGAAUUAUGGUUAUUCUGCUGCGGUGCCACCUGGAGGGUAUCCUUAUAACGCGGGCCCUCAAACAGCUGGAUAUGGGGCACAAACAGCGUCGUAUGGACAGGGGAGUAAUUAUGGGGGUCAAACGGCGUCGUAUGGACAAGGGAGUAAUUAUGGGGCAGAACCGGCGUCAUAUGGACAAGGGAGUAAUUAUGGAUAUGGACAGGAGGAAAAGAAGAAGAGUAAGUUUGGUGGGAUGGGGACAGGAUUGGCUGUGGGUGCAGUUGCUGGGGUUCUAGGUGGAGUUGCGCUUGUGGAAGGUGCUGAGUAUCUUGAGAAUAAGAUUGCUGAUGAUGCUGCAGAGAAAGUUGAGGAUGAUCUUGGUUAUGAUGACAAUGAUGAUGAUGAUGGUGGUUAUGAUGGGGAUGAUUUCUAGAUAAUCAAAACUUUGGAGAAGAGUGUUUUCAUAAGCCAAUAAGAAAAAGAAGUGAAAAAGAAGUGAAAAAUGAAGAAAAAAAAUUGAAGAUGGAUUAAAUUAAAUUGCGUGUGAAAUUUGCAUGUGUUCGUUUGAAUCUUAAUUUUGUUGGAUUUUCUGUUAUUUUUGCAAUUUAUCUUUUGAGAAGUGCUAAAUUGUAUGCGAAAGAGUUUAUAAUAAGGAUAAAAGUACACGUUGUUUUUCAGUGAA